AUGUUCAACUGGCUCAAGGAUUUCUUCGCCGGCAACGCUUCUACAGAAUGGCGGCGUAAACGCGCGAACCGAGCCUACCACAGGAAAGUGCGCGCCCGCGAACGCCAGCUACGACGCCAUUGGAACCAUGAAGACGUUGCCAAUCGCUUCUUUUACUGGGCGCCCUAUAGUAGCGAAAGGCCUACCAAGGAUGCGGUGAAAGACUACCGCACCAAGCAAAGGUCGACUCGAAAGGACGGAGGCUCAAGUGCAAAAUGA